CGGAUUCGGAAUCACAGCUCCAAUUUUAAAAUUAGAUCAAAUUAACACCCGGUUAAUUUUUGGGAUCGAUUGAGGUUGAAGAAAAGCGAUAAGCAGAUUCCAAGGAAGUGCUCAAAUUGAUUGGAUCGAAUUGCAGGUUUGAAGAGGCUAUAAUGGGAGUAGUGAACAAGUUUGUGAUUGCAUCCAUGUGCAUGUUUGCAGCUCCUCUCGCGAUUCUAUAUGGAUUCAAACACAAUUUCUUACCCGGUUCUACUGAGCUCCCCUCGGAGUCUGUGACUCUGUGGAGUGGAAUCCUCGCCGUCUUCUCCGUCAACGUGGUCAUAGCAUUCUACAUCUACAUGGCCCUGAAAGAGCCCUCAAGCAAACCCGAGCCAGAUCUUAAGUUCGUUGCAGAGGCGGAGGCCAGCAUAAAGCAAUCGCAACCAAGCGAAGCAUCAGAUCGUUCCAAACACGAGUAGCCCGUCUUGAUCGGGGUUGGCCGCAUAGUUUCUAGAAGCUUCCAUGUCAAUCUUGUUGCUCAGUUUGUAGGUCUUAAUUAUUGUGAAUUUUAGGGUGUUAAUUAGAUUCACAAAACAAGUUACGGAGUAUAAAUUUUCAAAAAUACUACUCCCUUCGACCCACAAAA